AUGGGGAAGCAAGCGAUUGAACGACUACACAAUGUGCCCGAUAUAAUGGUUCGCGCUUUGGACUUGGAAUGGGAGCUCUCCGUGACGCUUAAGAAACUGGAUAGCUGGAAGGCUAAGGAGGUUGAGCGCCUCAUUAAAGAGAAUGGCGUGAACACGCAAACACAUAGAAAGAGCAACAGCGUCAUCGAUAUGGACACUCAUAAGAAGGACGUCAUGCAAGAGGCGCUUGACUGGAUGAAAGAAGAUUUGGACCUGCUUAAAGCUGACCACGAAGACCUCAGGAAUGCACGGGAGGAGGACCUCAUAUUCUUCGAGGAUGAGAUUAGUAAGCUUACACGCCGGUACAGACGCAGGGUCGGCGAAGCGGUCGAGCUCGAACGCAAACUUAAUACAAUCAUCGCCGGAAAGCAUGGGCUUGUGAAAGACGAUGCGCGAAAGAUUAGCGAGAUGCAGGAUACGAAUGAACUGACUUCCAUGGACACCAUGGAGAUGCGGCUUGAGUUGGUUCGGAGGAACAAAGUGCUCACACAGCUGAACGAAGUGCUCACCCGACGAUUCAACGAAGUGCUCACCCAACGACGCAACGAACUUGCCGGCACGAAACCCGCAGACCAGGGCAUCUUCGAACACCCUCAAGAGCCUUCAGGCAAAAAUCCCGAAUCGACAGUUGUCGAAGAGGAGUCGGAUCAGCUCCAUACAGAUCAUGUGGCCAUGACCAUGGAGUCUCCCACUUUCCUGGAGCCACAGCCCAACUGGAAGAAUGUCUGUGAUGGGAACGAAGAGCUAGGCAACAAGGGGCCAGGGCCAGACAGCGACGAGCCAGCCGAUGACGAGCCAGCCGAUGACGAGCCAGACAGCGACGAGCCAGACAGCGACGAGCCAGACAGCGACGAUCAGGACAGCGACUACCAGGGCAACGACAACCACAAAACAAGAGCCUCGAUCAUUGGGCCCUGGACAGCCCGUACGAGGUCUGCAGCACGCAUGCACAACAAGGAGCGUCGAGAGAAUAAGCGCUUGACUAGAGCGGGAAAGUCGAAGCAAAGCAUUCAAGCGUCUAAUUAA